AUGACUUUCAACGAAGUUGAGUUAGCUGAAUUAAAUAAAUUAUUUGAAAAUCGUUAUACAGACAAAGAUGAAGAAUAUAUAAAAAUGGCUAAAUCACGUCCGUCAACUCCACCGAUUGUUCCUGAUUGGACCAUACAACAGUCUCAACAUUAUCAACAACCGGCGAGACAUUAUAAUUCUAAUAACAGAAAUAAUUAUCAACAUAAUGAUAAUAGACGUCGAUAUCCAUCAUUAGACAAUAGAAACAAUUAUCAACGAUAUAAUAACGAUAAUAGACGUCGAUAUCCACCAUCAGACGAUAGAAACAGUUAUCAACGAUAUGAUAAUCGAAAUGGGAAUAAUCGUCAGCGUAGUCGAAGUCGUGAAAGAAAUCAAUAUCAUACAAAUAAUAACAACAACAACAACAACAACAACAAAGGUUGGGAGGAUAGAACGUAA